AACCUCCCUUUAGUUCUCUAGCUUUCUCCACACCUCACAGACACAAUGCUGCCUUCCCUGGGCCUCCCCAGACUGUCCUGGAUGCUGCUCUCCUGUCUGAUGCUACUGUCUCAGGUUCAAGGGGAAGAUUCCCAGCGCUCUGAAAGGAUCAGCUGUCCCAGAGGUUCCAUAGCCUAUGGGUCCUCCUGCUAUGUCUUGUAUAAAGCAGCCAGAAGCUGGAUGAAUGCAAAUAUUGCCUGCCAGAGAAGACACUCAGGACACCUUGCGUCUGUGCUCAGUGGGACUGAGGGAUCCUUCCUGGCCUCCUUGGUUAGCAACAACUUGAAUACCCACUCAGACGUCUGGAUUGGGCUCCAUGACCCCACAGAGGGCUCUGAGCCCAAUGCUGGUGGAUGGGAAUGGAGUAGCACUGAUGUGUUCAAUUAUUUUGCCUGGGAGAGAAUUCCUGCCGCUGUCUCAAGACUUGAUCACUGUGGGGUCCUGUCCAGAACAUCAGGAUAUCUGAAAUGGAAAAGUUAUAACUGUAAUGUGAACUUACCCUAUGUCUGCAAGUUCAAGGGCUAGAUCAGAUGGGAAGUCAGCAGCCUGCAUCUUGUUGCAGCUCAUCAUGGACUUGGAACCAAGUGUGAAGACCCAAUUGGAAGGGAAUAUUUUCCUUACACCUUCACCCUGACCACCUCAUUCUGCCUUUUCCUCCUCCUCAGCCUCAUUUCAGGUUCUUUUGUAUGCUUUAUAAUCUGAGUUUUCAUGAUACUAUAAUAAAAAAAAAUAGUUUUAGUUUU